CAAACACAGACUGUGGGCCAGAUUUGGCUUGUGGAUUGUAUCUUGUUACCUUUGCUCUAAGCUAUUACAGUGUAGUUCAUCCCCAUUUUACAGAUGGAGAAACUGAGGUACAAAGGCUAAAUAACUUUGUCCAAGCUCACCAUUUGGUAAGUGAUGAAACCGGGGUUCCAAUAAGCAAUCAUGGCUCCGGGCACUGUGUGCUUAUUCACUGUAGAGUCUAGAAGGUGAAUGUGUGUCUUCAAAAAGAUAAGCUAACAAAAAGCUAGUGAUUUAUGUCCAGAACGUCCAAAAGUCUCAAGAAUUGGAGGCGCCAGCUACUCUGAAGAUAAGAUACAGAUUAUUUAAAAGACUACAAAAGAGGGGCUCCUGGCUAGGUCAGUCAGAGGAGCAUGUAACUCUUGGUCUUGGGGUCGUGGUUUCGAGCUGCUUUUUAGGUGUAGAAAUUACUAAAAAUAUAAUAAAUAAAAGUCUAAAAAGAAGCUGUUUCACCCUCUCCUCAAUCUAUGCAGCCUUUCCCUCCUUGUAACUAUAGAAGUCUAGAGCUUUAAGGGAGGGUCAGACAGAAAGGGCUGGGACUCAGAAACCAGGCAUAAAACUGAGGCAGGAGUGAAAGGCUUUUCUGGAAACAGGAAGAUUGAAAGUGAGAGUCCUGCCCCGUGGUGCCCAGGAUGCUUGAGGCCAGGCUUCUAGUCCAUCUGGCAGAAGAUUUGAGGAUUCCUCUUAGGAAACAACCAGCCCAAGAUGACAGACAGAUACCUACAGCUACAAUCUGCACAGUGAACUUGGGCUGAACUCAGUCAGGAAACCUACCCACACCCACAGAGCUCCCUUUUGGGUGUUUCACACUUUUAAGAAGGAUGGACUAAACAUUUGAGGAAAUCUUAAAUGAAAGAUGGAGAUCAAAAUAAAAAAGGAGGUGGAAGGAAAGCCACAGUAUAGGAAGAAAAAAAACACAAAAAUUAAAAAAAUAGUGCACAAGGAAAGAUAAACACAAGAAGCAAUUGAGCUAUGAAAAAGGAGUAUUAAGACUGAAAAAUUAAAAAUACAGUAGAAGAAACAAAAUAUUCCAGAAAAACUGGAAAACAAGGUUGGGAAAAAUUGCAUAAAACAAAGAGAAAAGAUGAAAAGGGGCAAAAUAUGAGGAAAACAUUGCCUCUCAGAUCUGCAUCUACCCCUCUCCUUGCUUUGUAAUAUUGGAGCUGGACUCCCAUCACCACUUCUUUUGCUGAUGUCACAAUGUCAAGCCUUAUCAGUAGAGGGCGCUGGAGAACAUUGCAAGAGGAAGGGGCUUCCUCUUGGAUUUCAGGCUUUGGUUUUCUUGUUUUCAGUGAAAGAUGGUCAGCAGAUCCUUAGUGGGCAUCUUCGCAAAGAUUCAGUCCAGGAGCUCUAACAUCAAACAACUUGCCCUUUUUUGGACUGGCAUCCUGACAACUGGCUGCCUGGCCUACCCCUCAUCUCCAGUUCUAGUGGUGAUCACUGGCUGUACAGCAGGCUACAAUGUCUGGCACAUGUGUGUACAUGAAGGAGAGUUUUUCUCUUUGGCAGUGUGUGUUGGAUUGCUUUGUUUGAGGGACAUUCCAGAUAGUGAUGUGGAGGAGCAUCACCAAAGAAAUAAAUGGGUUUAUUUUAUAACCGAAAUAGCUUUGGAGAAACCCUCAAGACAUAGAUGAGCUUAACUCAAAGACUUUUCUACGCGAAAACAAGCCUUCUGAAAUAAGAGGGGACCCUGCUGCACGUGUUUUGGUAAUCAUUAUCCCAUUUGUCCCGCCGCAGACACGGUAAGCUAGGGAUGAUGAGUUGCAAGGUUGGAGCCCUGGGAUUCAGGGGGCUGUGCUCUCAUUCUGCCCUCUUCGGUGGCAUUUGUUUCCUGUCCACCCUUUUCCUGGCUGCCUGCCUCCUCCUGUCCAUGUGGGAUGUGGUAGGGAGGAAGAGUUUCCUAAAAAUUUAUUUUAAAAAUGUAUAUACUUCUUCUGAGCUCUUUCAAGACAGGACUGCCUUUUGAGGAUGAUUUUUUCUCAUUUGGUUUGUUUUACACUUUCAGGGAAAAUCAGAAUGAAGAACAGCUCAUAUUCUACAAAAAAGUAUCUGUUUUCUAUAUUUGGAAACUUGUGUCCAGUGGAAGCUCUUGGAGGCUACAUAACUGGGGAGGGCAACGAGGGCCCCCUUGCCCACAUUAUGGACGACACGCCCUGCAGUUCCAUGGGGAAACAUAACAUGUCUAGGUUUAUGUUUGACUGCAUCAGACACACAUUAAUGCUGCGCACAGACAGAUGCGAAAACCCAUCCACAAAGUCAGAGGUUAAAUGACUUCCCUGAGAUCCCAUGGUUGCAAAGGAGCAGUGCAGAGUUCUGACCCUUGUCUGUGACCUUGGAGGCAGCUGGGCCUGGAGUAUGGGACAGUGUACCCUACAGGACCAUAAACAGGAAGUUUUAUGUGUCCCCAGCGAGAGGACGCUUGCUAAGGGGCAUGUCCCUUAUAAAGCAUCACGGAAGUCCAAACGUUCCAAGAGCACUGACGGACGAUCUGCCAGCCUGGCUUCCACAGUGGGGAAUGAAGCCCUCGGGUGUGCGCUCCGGUGCUGGCCGCGCUGGGCCUGCAGAGUCGUGUUCCGGUCUCCGUGGCCUCCGGCAGCAGGGCGCGGGACUGGCUGUGCAGCGGCUGCCACUACGCGCUGCACGUCUGCAGAAGCCCGCCCGACAAUGGCCUGGGGACAGCGACCGCCCCAACCCCACUCUGCUUGCCCCGCCCCGCCCCGUCGUCGCCCUCCCGGGGCCUCCGGGGUACCGUCGCCGCCUCCCCUCCCUUCUCCUCGAGGGCGCUGCCGUCUGGUCGGGGGCUGUGGGUUCGGGCCACCAUCCCGGGGGCCGCCACGCGGUGGCCCUGCACCCGAGGGCGCAGCCUCUUGCCAAAACCUCCGUCAGAAUAGGCUUUGGCCCUUAUGGUCGGAAAUGGGAGGAAUUUUCACCAUUUCGUGUUUGGUGGGGUUGAAUUUUGCAUGCUGCGUUACCUUAGAGCCUUCGAAACAGCCAGGCGGGUCUCUCUUUGUUAACACCGCGUCCCUGGAAAUCAUCCGGCAAAUUGAUGUGCGGAUUUGCGAAAGCAGUAACAGCGAAAGUGCGGAUUGCGUUUCUAUUAAGGAGUCGGAUACGUUACAGGUAUUGCCAAGUGUGGUAAAAGCAAAGAUGACAACUACAGAAUCAUUUGCAAUUAUAUACAGAAAAGUCGUCGCUGAGAACGAUAAACUCCAGCCUCCAGAGACAAAGGGAUCUCUCAGUUCUUGGAAGCCCGGUACCGCUUAGCAGGAUCGUGCACAAAAGAGUUAAGGGGACAAGACAAGGUUAACGUGCACAUUAUUUCCUCUGGAGAACAUACAGCAAGAGGUAGUAGCAAUGCUACGGGAAACAAUUAGAAGAGGCUACUUGAAGAUUCUAAGUAUCUGUGAAAAGACAGAACAGCCGCUGCAGAAAUUUCUCAAACUUCUUUUGUAGGAAAGUUUUUAAAAAUAUAUAUUUUAU